AUGAAGCGCAAUAGCCUGGACUUCAUGGAUGGGCCCUGGCCCAAGGCCUUCAUGGCUGCCGCAUCACUACAGGCCAUAGUGUGUCUGGCCUUCGAAUCGUAUACCUUUGCUAUGUUCCAGACACAUCUGCUGGAAUCCGUAUUGAAGACCGACGACGACACCAGUGCCCAGUACAAGACGAUCCCGACCUUCCUCACCCUCUUCAUCUUCGGCUUUUUGUACGAGCUAUUACUGGUCUGGGACGCUCUUCGCUUGAAGAACACCAUUCAGAUCAUCGGAAUCUGCAUCGCGAACCUGGCCCUUCUCGUAUACACCGCAAUCCAGAUUGAUCAGAUUCACGAGGCUCUCACCCUUCUGGGCCAGAACCAUGGGCUGGACGGUGGCUACACCAACGAAAAGGGCGUGGUAAUAACACCGCAGCAAGCACUCUGGGACGAAGUACAAGGCUUCCUCAUAGCGAUCCCCAUCAUUCUCGCAGUGGGCACAAUCGUCCUGUCCUUCAUCGCCUGGAAACUGUACCAGGUCUUCGCAUGGGACAUCCUCAAGCAGAUCGGAGCCGACUACAGGAUGAAGAAGAGGUUUCUUCACUACCAGGUUUACAUCGCGCUGCUCAAGUUCGAUUUCUUCUUUUUCCUCGGGUUCACCGUGCAGUUCAUAGUCAUCGUCACUGGCUAUACCGACGCUGAGAUGUACCUCACAAUCGCUGCUAUCCCGAUUACCAUCCUCAUCCUCCUCGCCGCGGCGUACUUCACUAGGCACGAGGACAAGAUUGGAACCGUGGUUGUUAUUAUCUGUUACGUCGGUGCUCUUGCCUACUUCGUGUUCAAGCUUGUGCGCAUCUACCAACCGAGCCACGCUGCAUUCUACAUGCCGGUGCGCAAGAGUCUGACAGCAUUCGCGGUUUUGGCUAUCCUGCUGUUGAUAUUCACCAUCACCAAUGCAUUCUACUGCAUGAACAACUUCGGCGCCGGCCUCAAGACGCACCUGCUCAAGAAGAAGCCGAGCGAAGAGAAGGGUGACGGAGGUAGCAGUGUCGACAUGCACGCCCUGAAACCGUCAGUGCCAACGCGCAUGACAAUCGACUAA